AUGACUGCAUCACGCAUUUGCGCGUCGCCAGUAGCGCGACUGUCCGCCAGAAGCUAUUUGCUGCCGAGUCACCCUUCAGUUCGGAAGGUUUCUUCAUCAUCGAAUGCACAAAAGCCCGAUGUUGAAGGCAAAAGCCAAGAUGUGAAUGCACAGGCAGGUGGAAAGUCCGAAACAAAGCCAAAGCCAAAGACGCAGGCCCAACUCGACGAUGAACUCAAAGCAAAAAUGGCUGGCAUUUCCGGCGAAGGAGGCGAGGCCGGCAUUGAGUAUGAAAACGGCGAACCGGUAGCCAUGAAACGCAGUGUGCGUAACAACAUGUUCAGGUACAUCUGA